AUGGACAUCAAUGCCCUGCUGUCGCCCGAGGAUGGCUCCUCCCCCUCGGAGAGCAAGUCGGACAGCAAGUCGGACAGCAAGUCGGACAGCAAGUCGAGGUCGCCGUCGGCGCAGAGCUCGCCACAGAAGAGCUUCGCGCGCGUGCGGCCUGCCCUGAGCGGAAGCAAACGCAGCGCGUCCGGAUUGAGCCAGGAGAUUACGCGCUCGCCCGAAAGAGUCAUCGUGUCGCCGCCUUUGGAUGCAGCAUCUGGGCCAGGGACGCCGUCGCAGAGUGCCCAGCCGUCGAGUUUCGAUGCGCCGCCCGUCUUGCCUGUGCCUGUGCCUGUGCCUGGAUCUGGGAGCAUCCGGCCGCUGCCUCCGACCAGCAAUCCCGCUGCCGAGUCAGCGCCACUGGGACAUCACCACCACCAACACGGAGCGUAUGCGCACACCCACCCGCAGCAACAUCAACAUCAACAUCAACAUCCACUGCAAGCGCAGCAGCAGCAGCAGCAGCAGCAGCAGCAGCGGCCCGCCGUCGCACAUCGCCCGUCGUCGACGCCGCAGAUGGAGACGUUGGCUGGUGAGUACUGCACGCGGAACACGGCUGAUCCUCGGCACUGACACGUUCUCUUCCUCCCUUCCAGAUCUGGCUUCGAUGCAGCAGCGUCACCAAGCGACCCGCGCCUACUCCGCAAACCACGUCCGCGGCGAAUCAUCCCAUCGCUCGCCGCUGCACACCAACCUACAUGUAAAUUCACACUCACACUCGCACGUCACUGCCGCGCCGCCCAUUGCACGCUCCAUUUCGCGCCAGUCCCUGGCCGACCUCACCAUGGCCGAGGGUCCAGCGCAAACGCCGCCGCCACGCGACUUCAUCUCCAACGCGCUAUCCGAUGACGAGUCCAAGAUGGUGACGGACCUUUUGAACUUCCUGACAGAGAACUCGUACGCCUACGAUCAGCAUGUCCAACUCAUCAACCUCCUCCACAAGGGCUUCCUGGCACAUGUCUCUCCCCCGGCCGAAGGCGCGGUUCCUGCUCCUCCAGGCAACCCUCACACCUAUGCUCUGCUGACCGAGAUGCGCCAAGCUCGCGAGGCCAUGGACACUCGAUUCGCUGUCGGCGAGGACAUCUGGAUUGACUGGCUGUCGGAUGAGAUCAUGCUGGCGAGCACAGCCGAGGAACGACUCGCUCUGACAGAGCUGUUCCAGAAAGCAGUGCUCGACGAGCCUGCUUCGGUUAGGAUGUGGCAACUGUAUGUCGAUUGGGUGGCGUCCAACUACAAGGCAUGUCACGAUCUGGAAGGUGCCGACUACACGAACUGGACAGCCGAGGACGCAGAGGUCUGCAAGGAGCUCUUCACUCGCCAGACGUUGAUGGAAGUACUCCAAAAAGCCCAAAACUUCACCAAGUGGCGUGUAGACGAGAGUCACGUCAUUUGGAAUCGAUACGCAGAGUUUCUCCAAGAAGAGUUUCCAAGCAACCCUUCGGACACUGACAUUCAGCAACUGCAUAUGCUGUUCGUAGAUCGCCUCCGCGUACCCCAUGUGGCGAGAGACGACACCAUGUCGCUAUAUUGGCCCAUUAUAUCCAGAUUCGAGCGGGACAACUACGAAGAGGCCAUGGUGAGGCUCAAUCGACAUUCUGCAAUCGAGUCGGCAAAGAUGCACACGAAUCUUCGCGGAGAUCACGAGCUCAGGUUGAAGCGGGCCAUGGAGAGCGGGGACCACGAAGCCAUUCGCCGUGAAUUCGACAAGUACCUCAAGUCCGAGAAAUUCCACCACAAGAGUCCCGGACCAUUCGAUUAUCAGCUACGCUGCGCUCUAUACGAACGUGUUCUGCUUCGCUUCCCAACUGAUACGGAGCGGUGGCUCGACUACAUUGACUUCAUGAUUCUGGAGGACAAGAGCGGGUCGCAGAAUCUGGUGUCAGUGAUUGAAAGGGCAACUCGCCACUGCCCGUGGUCUGGAGACCUUUGGGGACGUCGAAUCCUUCGCCAGGAUGUGGAGCGUCAGGCCAGAGAGGACAUCGAGAACACCAAGCACCGCGCUACAAAUGCAGGCCUGCUCGACGUAGGGGGUAUGGAAGAACUUGUGAAGAUGCUGCAGCAAUGGUGCAGCUACCUGCGGCGUCAUGCGUUCGGUCCAAACGCAACCGACGACGACCUGGACACGGCGGAGGUGGGUAUAACCGCAGCACUCGAAGACGUUCAGCAAGCAGGCCAGAAGAUUUACGGAAGCGAUUUCCAAGGCGAUCCACUAUUCCGGCUGGAGAAGAUUCAAAUCAAGUUUCUUUCAGAAGCUCGGCGGAUUCCAGAUGCGCGACAGAUCUACCAAGCGCUUGCGACACGUCUUGGAAGUUCGUCGGACUUUUGGCGCCAGUACUACAGCUGGGAGCUUUGGCUUUGGGGAUAUGACCGCCUCAGAGAUGCACGGAGAAUCGAAACUGAUGAUAGUGCUCCAGAGCUAGCCUCGAAGGUAGUGACUCGGGCACUGCAACAGCGAAACUUGGACUGGCCAGAGAAGGUGCUCGAGAUGUACCUGGCGCAUUUUCAGCAGCAUGAAUCCGGCGCAAAGCUAGCGGAAGCUCUGAUCGCUGGACGUGACUUUGCGAAUCGACUAGCUAUCAGGAGGGCAAAGGAAGCAGAGGAGGCAGCAGCGGCAGCAGCUCAGCAACAAGAGCAAUACGCUGCUGUUGCUCAAGAGGCCGAGACUGGAACAACAGGUGGAGAGAAACGCAAACGUGAAGACGAGCAUCUGACCAACGGAGACAGCCACAAAAAGGCCAAGACUGGCGACCAAAAAGCUGCCGCUAGCAACGAGGAAGCCUCCGCGUCUGCCAGUGCUCAGAUCAAGCGGGAUAGAGAGCACAACACUAUCACUGUCAGAAACCUUCCUCUGGACGUGCCAGAAAAUGACAUCAAGAAGUUCUUCCGUGAUUGUGGUGAGCUACAGUCAAUCAACAUCCUCCGAGACGACGACCAUGAUACUGCCUCCGCGACUGUCGAAUUCGAAUCAACAGAAGACGUGCUCGCGGCCAAGACUCGCAGUGGAAAGCAACUUCAAGGCCGUGAGGUGCACAUCGUAAGCGGCGGGCAGAAUACGCUCUACGUUACCAAUUAUCCUGCAGAGUAUGACGAAAACACUAUCCGUGAUCUCUUCAAGGGCUGUGGCGACAUCGUGAGCAUCCGAUUCCCCUCGCUGAAGUACAAUUCACGCCGUCGCUUUUGUUACGUUCAAUUCCUCACGUCCGACAUGGCAAAAGCGGCGGAAGCAGCACUGGACGGGAAGAAGAUCGACGGCGCGCAUGCGCUAUUGGCCAGGGUCUCUGAUCCUAACGAGAAGAAACAGCGCUCUGGUGCCCAAGUCGAGGGUCGCGAAAUCAUCGCCCGCAACAUUGAUCGAACGGCCAGUGAGGACGAAGUAAAAAAGCUUUUCUCGCAUUACGGAACGCUGGAGAGGGCAAACUUGACGAGACUCACCAACGGCAAAUUCAGCGGUACAGCAUUCUUCGUCUAUGCAAGCACGGACGAAGCUACGGCUGCCGUGGAGGAUGCAAACAACAAACCCUUCCGGGAUCGUAUUCUGCACGUAGAGUUUACCAACCCCAAAGGCCGCGCUGCACCGCACGAGCGAGCGAGGAAAGAAGACUUGAUCGUCAAGAAGCCAGGUGCUGCUUCGGCUACCUCAGAGCCCAGCGAACGACGAGGAUCUGAUAUCUCAAUGAAGGAGUCGGAAGAGAGUGAGUCCUGGCGAUUCAGCAAAGAGCACAAGAUUGCGGUCUUCAACAUCCCUGAUACCGUGACCGAUGCGCGCAUUCGGACCGCACUGGAGCAAUAUGGGUCUGUUGUAAAGAUACAACUGCGCCGAGAAUUAGGCGGCGCGAUCGUCACGCUUGAGGAGCCGAAAGACGCUUUCCGCGUGAAAGUGGGCGUAGAUGUCAGCAGCCUUGGACCGGAGGCGAAGACGGGAGAUGUCGGAGACUUUUUGACACAGAAGAAGAAGAAAGCAGCUGCGACAAAUGGAUCUGCUCCAGCAUCAUCGACUGGCAGUUCUUUAGCUUUCGUUCCCGCGGCGGCUUCACGGCUAGGUCGGGGUCGAGGAGGACGCAGAGGCGGGCUAGGCUUCAAGCGUGGUGGGUUUGCUACUGGGGCCAGAAACGACACAGGACAAGUAGCCUCCAGCUCUAGUUCCAAUGCUGAGACGGGCACGAAAAGCAACUCUGACUUUCGGAGUAUGCUAGAGGCAAGUAAGAAGAAGCCUGAGCCUGAGACUGAUGCAGGCCAGUAG